UUUAUGUACUGCAUUUGGCAAUAACAUUAUUUCUUACUGAGCCACCGCCACCGCCACCUCCACUCCACUCUCCACUCUCCAUUCUCCACUCUGCUCCAGCCACUCUCGGCAGCAGUACGUUUCCCCUCACUCUUCGACGGCCUUCGAUUCCGGCCUCCCUUAGGGUUUAUCCAUCUCGCAGCACUCCGAUCCCCCUAAUGCGCUGGCGGAGACCUGUCUCCCAGCGGUUCCUAGCACCGUAGGCUCCUCAAGGAGGUUCCCCGGCAGCGGAUCUCCGACCUCCCACUCUGUUGCUUCUUCCCUUUCCUCCUCGAGCGGAUCUUGUCGUUUAUAGCUUUGAAUCCCGAACAUACGUGUCAGAAGCGAGUUCGCUACCAUCUGUUUCUCUUUCGCGUUCGUUUCAAUGGAGUUCCUCAAGAUAAGAAGCUUUCGAGGCAUCGGUAAGUUUAAAGUGAAGAAAGACUCGAAUCAGGAUCGGGAUCUGAUGAAUCUAGACCUGGAAAAGCCAAAUGACGAGGUAUUGGACACAAUGCCGAAAGCAGAUGUUUCUGAUCAUGUUGUGAAGGCGGUAGAGGAUGAAGAUGACGACGAUUUCGUCACCAAUGAGGUGAAGCGGCGUCUGAAGGAGCUGAGGAAGAACAGCUUCAUGGUGUUCAUACCUGAAGAAGGAUAUCCAGAAGAGGAAGAGGGGGGAGGGAGCAGCUCGAGCGGGUGGAGAGAGUCGGAAGAGGGUGGCGAUGCUCCAUGGUGCACGUUUAAUGCAAUUUAUGCUAAGUACACGGAGCGGAUGACGUUCUUUGACAAGCUGAUGGUCAAGAGUCUCAAAGAAGCUGGAUCGUUGGGUGCUUCAAAACAUUCACAAAGCUCUUUGUCAAAGAAGUUGUAUAUGAACCUGCUUAACCUCCCUAUCAAGGCGCAAAAUGGACAUUGUGAUGGCAAUGAAAUUCUUAGAAGUCAGCAGGAAGAUAGCCCUUGUGAGAAUCUUGAAGCUGCUUAUGUUUCACAAGUUUGUUUAAGUUGGGAGAUUCUCCAUAAGCAAUACAUGCAACUGAAGGACAUGACUUUGUCUCAGUAUGAAAAUGAAGCCUCUUACAGCUAUGCUGCUCAAGCAUUUCAACAAUUUCAGGUUUUAUUGCAGAGAUUUAUUGAGAAUGAACCAUUUGAGAUGGGAACCAGGAUUGAGGUUUUUGCCCAUGCUCGGAUCUCACUGCCUAAGUUGCUUCAGGUUCCAAAUUGUUUAGGUAUGAAUGAGAAAGGAGUAGAAGAUUCAGAUGAGCCAGUUCUUGCCACUGACCUCAUUAAGAUAAUUGAGGAAUCAAUACUAACAUUCCUCCUUUUUCUACGGAUGGACAAGAAAAAGUCUGGCUUCCUAUUUCAGGUGCAAAGCUCUAGGAAUCCCCUUCAGCAGUUGCAAGCCUCCUUUGAAAAGAAGGAGAUUAAAGUGAAAGAAAUACUCAGAAGGAAGAAAGGCUGGAAGAAGAAAACCUGGCCAGAAACUGAAGAGGAAGUGGAGUUGCUUUUUACUCUCGUCGAUAUCAAAGUAAUCUCAAGAGUUCUGAGGAUGAGAGGACUGACUAAGGAGCAGCUGCUAUGGUGCGAAGAAAAGAUGAGCAGACUUGACGACUCGGACAAGAAGUCCGGCAGAGUGUUAUCCUCCAACCUCUUCCCUUGUUAAAGUUGCACAGUUCACUUCCUCCAGCUUUAGUAUAUCUGCUCUGCCUUUCCCUGUAUGAAAUAACAGAGACAGGAGCAUCUCCAAGUUCGCUGUUUUCUGUAUCUCCAGCCUCUCUGUUCUCUCAGUUGUCCUCGAAUAUGAAUGCUGUUUGAGUUGAAUUAGUAAUUCUACCUAUAAAUUGAGAAAUCAA